UCAUAAUAACAGAGUGAAGAUGGGGGACUGGAACUUCCUUGGGGGGAUUCUGGAGGAGGUGCAUAUCCAUUCUACUAUGGUAGGCAAGAUCUGGCUCACCAUCCUGUUCAUCUUCCGUAUGCUGGUCCUUGGGGUGGCAGCUGAGGAUGUGUGGAACGAUGAGCAGUCUGGUUUCAUAUGCAACACUGAGCAGCCCGGAUGCAGAAAUGUAUGCUAUGACCUGGCUUUUCCAAUCUCCCUCAUUCGCUACUGGGUGCUGCAGGUCAUUUUUGUGUCGUCUCCUUCCCUGGUUUACAUGGGCCACGCUCUCUACCGGCUGAGGGCACUGGAGAAAGCACGACAGAAGAAAAAGGCUUUGCUGCGGAAAGAACUGGAACUGGUUGAUGUGGAGUUGGCAGAAGCCAGGAAGCGGAUCGAGCGGGAAAUGAAACAGCUCGAUCAGGGGAAGCUAAACAAAGCUCCUCUGAGGGGUUCCCUGCUGCGAACCUACGUGGCUCACAUUGUCACUCGCUCUGUUGUCGAAGUGGCCUUCAUGUCGGGCCAGUAUCUCCUUUAUGGCUUUCACCUCUACCCGCUCUUCAAGUGUGAGCGGGAUCCGUGUCCUAACGCUGUAGACUGUUACGUUUCCAGACCAACAGAGAAAAGUGUCUUCAUGGUGUUCAUGCAAUGCAUUGCUGCAAUUUCCCUCUUCCUGAACAUCCUGGAGAUCAUGCAUCUGGGUUACAAGAAAAUUAAAAAGGUUAUCUUGGAUUUCUACCCUCACUUGAGGGAUGAGAGAGAUGAACUUGAUGAUUAUUAUGCCAACAAGUGUAAAAAAGAAUCUGUUGUGCAAAUAUGCACAGGGGUAGCCCGGAAGUCAACGAUUGCCUCUGAACCCAGUGACUAUAACCUCCUGAUGGAAAGGGUACAGGGCACAAUUAUGUACCCUAGCCUUAUCAAACCUUCAACUUUUCUACCUCCUCGGGGCGAGUUGGCCACUCAGAAGGAUUUGGAUGAUUCUCGAUGUUUAGCUCAAAGCCCCCAAGAUUACAAUUGCACCUUGACUACCAAUGAGCCCUGCUUGCCACGCUGCGACUCCCCAAUUAAUCCAAAGCAGGAGCCUGAGGACGUUUUGCAUCUUCCCCCACACAGUAAAGAGGAGGACAGCAGUGAGAAAGGAAGCCCAGACUCUCCAAAGUGCCCACAGAAGGCAGCUCACGCUUCCUCGUUCCCCACACUGCCAGUUGGUGCACUGAGGAGGCCGUGGAUGGCUCACGGCUCUUUCAAAUGCUCCACCCUGUUGGAGGGUAAAAGCUCUGACACAGAUUCGUGUGGGGGUGAAAAAGAAAGUAGCGAACCACCCUGCUCUCGAAAGCAAUCAAAAUCAGAUGCCAAACAUCAAACUCGGCCCUCCACGCCGGAGUCACUGGAUGACUCCAGCUCAGGAUCCAGGCACAACCACAGACCGCCUUCCUCCAACUGCAGAACAUCAGUGGAAAGUAAUGCAAGCAGCAGACGUGCAACAGACCUGCAAAUCUAA